AUGUCGGACAGAGGAAACAAACUGAAAGAUUUCGAUGGCACAAGGUCGAAGUACAGAGAAUGGAUAUAUGAAUGUCACAUGUACAUUCUCGCCAACCCGACCAAGUACGACACCGAUAAGGAUAAAACCCUGAUGGUGUUGUCAUACAUGAGGGAAGGAACGGCAUCACUCUUUGCCCAGAAAUACUACUUCGACAGGGAACUUCGAGAAUACAAGGCAACGGAAACAAGAAAAACAUGGGGAACGUUCAAGGACUUCUUAAAAGAACUGGCCGCCGCAUUCAAAGAUGAAAGUCUCGAACAGAAGGCGAGACAAAAACUAUUCACAAUGAGAAUGGGAAAGCGGUCAGCAGACGAGUUUGUCACGGACUACCUCAUGACGGCAGGAGAAAGUGGAUUUGAUCUUGAAUCCACCGUCGACUACUUCCGUCGCACCAUACACCCAGAGAUCCUCAAACAAAUUUACAGACUUCCUGACAUGCCGACGACAAUGGACGAUUGGGUAAAAUACACCCGAAGGUUUGAUAAUCAAUGGAGAGAGUUGCAGAGCAUAAAAAGCUCCGUACCCUCCACUGCUAUUCGAUCCAGCAACCCUUUCCGCUACAACUCAUCCAACGCUCCAUCCUCCAUGAAUAAUUCCGUUGUCCCCAUGGCCGUAGACUCAGUCCGAACAACCCUCACGGACGAGGAAUGCAACCGCCUCAGAAUGGAGGGUGGGUGCUUUUACUGUCGCCAGAAAGGACAUAUGGCCAACCAAUGCCCUGUCAGGGGUUCGUCUAGGGUACAUGAAGGGUCAGCUAGAUAUGUUCAACAGAGUAGUGGAACGAUGGGGAACCGCUCGGCUCAGACCGGCGGCAGGAUGGGAGGCGGAGGAAGCGGCUAUGGCCGAACGUUCUCGACAGGAGCUUCAAACAGUCCUCAAGGAGGCACUACGACGCAAGGUAGAAGCGUGGCGACGACUAACCCGUUCCGAGCCCGACUCGCAGCUCGCCAGGCCCACGCACCUGGACCGGAUGCGCCUGUACGUGAGACAGAGCCUGAGAUUAGCCGAGAAGAGAUCCAAAGGGUUAUCGGGAAGAUGAGGUGGGACGAACAGGAAGCACUCCUUCAGGAGUUAAGCGAGAUGAGCAAGCGAAAAGAAUCGGAUUUUUAA